AUGCACAUUGAGGCGUCACUGAGUCGCGCCCUCUCCUCAGGGCUAAUCAUCUAUACCAUCCUCACGGGAAAGGCGUCUGCAAUCCCUGCAAGAACGUGGAAUACACGAGCCGAUGUGCCUCUCGAUUCGACUGCCGGCAGCUGGAACUACGCCAUCUCAAGCCACGUUCAGAAUAGACCUGCGCGUGCGCGAUUCGACAUUCCUACGACCGGGUCGAAACUAGAUACCCAGGCACUCCUGACUCUCGACGCUCCUCAGCUCAGCGCUAUCAAUGAGUCUGUGUUUGACUGGUGGUACUUUGAUGCCGUUUCUGCGAAUGACUCGCGCGAGUCGUUGACUGUUACGUUCUUCACGUCGACUGCGACUGCGUUCCCGUGGCUUCCGAGCAACGAGUCUUCGGUUUUGAUUGCAUAUGUCUGGGCCUCGUUUGCGAAUGGGUCGGUCUUUGAAGAGUAUGUGCCGGCGACCAUUGCCAGGGUUGUAGGUGGCGAGGAUGCAAACUCGCCUAAUUCGGGGAAUUGGUCGUCGACUGGGUUUAGUUGGGCUGCCCCGAAGGAUGAUUUGUCCCAGUAUGAAGUAGUUAUUUCUUCGGAAAAGCUUCAGAUAGACGGGCGACUUGGGUUGACCUCGACACUGGCGCCUCAUUUGCCUUGUGGAAUUACAUCCGAAACGACAACUUUGCAGAUUGCUCCCCAUAUUGGAUGGGUUGCAUUGAAGCCUGACGCAGUAGGUCAAGUCGAUAUUAAUGUGAAGGGCUCCCGUCUACAAUUCCAAGGACCUGCCUAUCAUGACAAGAAUUGGUCGGAUAGACCAUUUACAGACUCUGUUCAGAGCUGGUACUGGGGCCACGGCCAGAUAGGACCUUAUUCGGUGGUCUGGUUUAGUUAUUUGGCACUUGAUGACCCGUCUGCGACGACCUACGUGAGCAGCUAUGUUGCACGCGAUGGCGAAGUGCUCGUUUCGUCCUGCAACUCGAGUAUCCUCACUGUUCGUCCUACUGGGGGCUCUGAAAAUGGUGCACGAUAUCCACCACAGGCGGGUGAUGUGCCAGACGGAUUCUAUCUCGAGUUUGACCUCGGCAAUGAGGGUUGGUUGAAAGCUAACGUCUCUGGGACACGCAUUGCAGGGGAUGGAAAGUACUACUUCAGAUGGGCGGGAGAUAUGACCGGUGAAGUCAGUCAGUCUGGCGCUGACCAGAACCAUGAUACAAAUGCCGUAGGGGGCUCAGCAAAGACCAAGUCCUUGCUGGCUGGCAGUGCGAUCUUUGAACAAUUUGUCCUCGCGGAAUAA